AUGCCAGUCGAUCGCACACCGCCAAAACAACAAAUUACAUUGCCUACGCGCACGGUCCAGCGCCAGCGUAGCGACUCGGAACCAAACUUAAACUUAAAUGACAUGCAGUGUGAAUUGGAAAACCUAAACGUAACCGUCCGCGCAAAACGUAAGCGCUCGGAGGACAGUGGCGAUGUAAACUUGUCCGUAUUUAUGUCUGAGAUGACGAAAAUGUUCCAUGAUUUUAAAAAUGAACAGGAACUAAAAGUUGCUGCGAUAUUGGCUUCUGUUACUGAUAUCAAAAAGCAAAACAGCGAUAUUUGUGCUUCUGUUGAGUAUGUAUCGAAGUCAUACGACGCUUUGCUGGAGCAGAUAAAUCAUUUAAAAUCAGAACGACAAGAAAACCUCAACUAUAUCCGUACCCUUGAGAAUAGAUUAGAAAAAGCAGAACGCAAUGCUCGAUCUAGUUGUGUGGAGAUCCGAAACAUUCCCCCAAAUAAAAAGGAAUCUAAAGAGCAGCUACUACAUACCAUAAUUGCGACCGGUAGAACCUUAAACAUCCCCAUUGAAUCAUAUGAAGUCAGAGACAUCUUCCGUAUACAGACCAAAGAACCUGACCAAAAACCCAUCAUCGUAGAUUUCACUAGCGUCAUAAAGAAAGAAAGAAUACACCGUCUAAAGAUGUCCGCCGAAAAAAAUACAUCAGAAUUACCUGCGAAUAAGCCUUCGGCUGAGGUCACAGACAACGGAGAAGUGGCUAACCCUCAAGAGGCUACCCCUCAAGAAGCUACCCCUCAAGAGAAUACCCCUCAAGAGAAUACCCUUCAAGAAACUACCCCAAAAGAGGCUACCCCAAAAGAGGCUACCUCUCAAGAGGCAACCCCAAGGAAGGCUACCUCUCAAGAAGCUACUAAGCAGAAGGCUGCCUCUCAAGAGCCUUCUUCAAAGAAGGCUACCUCUCAAGAGGCUACUCCAGAGAAGGCAACCUCUCAAGAGGCUACCCCCAAGAAGGCUACCUCUCAAGAGGCUACAUCAAAAAAGCCUACCUCUCAAGAGGCUACAUCCAAGAAGUCCACCUCUCAAGAGGCUACAUCCAAGAAGCCUACCUCUCAAGAGGCUAAAUCAAAGAAGCCUACCUCUCAACAGGCUACAUCAAAGAAGCCUACCUCUCAACAGGCUACAUCAAAGAAGCCUACCUCUCAAGAGGCAACAUCGAAGACGGCUACCUCUCAAGAGGUUACCUCUGAAGAGAAUGAACGAGCCGCUCUGCAGGAGGCCGUGCGCCUUCUGUACGAUGAACCCUACACGGCUCCCUCAUCACCUGAGCAACCCCAACAGGAGCAAUCAAUGGUGAGGCUAAUAUUUAUAUCAUAA